UUGUGAACAUUUAUCAGAUUUUCUUGACAGUUGCGUGAAUAAAUCCCACGACGCACGUUCAGAAUUUACGAUACGUUGAAAACUUUAAGUUUAGUGUGAAACGAUCCCUAAAUCAUACGUGACUUUUCAGUACGGAGUCAUGGCGGUUCCAAACAACCCAUACAACAAGCUAUUGAAGACAUUGGAGAUCAAUGGAAAGUCAUAUAAAUAUUACGAUGUUGUUGCUCUUGGAGAGAAGUAUGACCGUCUGCCAUUCAGCAUCAGAGUUCUCCUGGAGUCAUGUGUGAGGAACUGCGACGGUUUUCAAGUACUACCGCAGGAUGUUGAGAAUGUACUGAAUUGGGAGGUCAACCAGAAAUCUGAUGACGUGGAGGUGGCAUUCAAACCAGCUAGGGUCAUUCUUCAGGAUCUAACCGGAGUGCCCGCAGUGGUAGACUUUGCAGCCAUGCGUGAUGCCGUAAAGGAUCUUGGUGGCGAUCCCGAUAAGAUCAACCCCAUAUGUCCAGCUGACCUGGUGAUAGACCAUUCCGUGCAAGUGGAUUUCGCCAGAACCACUGAUGCUUUACAUAAGAACCAAGAGCUGGAGUUUGAGAGGAAUAAGGAGAGAUUCCAAUUUCUGAAGUGGGGAGCGCAAGCUUUUAACAAUAUGAUGAUAGUACCACCUGGUUCUGGGAUUGUGCAUCAGGUGAAUCUGGAAUACUUAGCACGCGUGGUUUUCACAGAGGAUAUCCUAUAUCCAGACUCGGUGGUGGGAACUGACAGUCACACAACUAUGAUCAACGGGCUGGGGGUCGUCGGUUGGGGGGCGGGAGGUAUCGAAGCAGAGGCAGUUAUGUUAGGCCAAGCUACCAGUAUGUUAUUACCUAAAGUUGUCGGAUAUAAGCUUGUUGGAGAGCUGAACCCUAUGGUUACUUCUACGGAUCUAGUGCUUACUAUUACUAAGCACCUCCGUUCGCUGGGUGUUGUGGGCAAGUUUGUCGAGUUCUUCGGCCCCGGCGUGUCGGCGUUGAGUAUUGCUGACAGGGCGACGGUUGCCAACAUGUGCCCCGAGUUUGGGGCAACCGUGGCGCACUUCCCCGUGGACGAGCGCUCGCUGGACUAUUUGGGGCAGACCAAUCGUCCCGCUGAAAAGAUAAAUAUAAUUAGAGCGUAUUUGAAAGCGACAAAACAAUUCAGGGACUACACGAAUCCUGAACAAGAUCCAGUGUUUUCGGAGAUCGUCGAGUUGGAUCUAUCGACCGUGGUGACGUCAGUGAGUGGGCCGAAGCGACCGCAGGACCGCGUCUCGGUCGCCGACAUGAAGGUGGACUUCCAGCAGUGCCUCACCAAUAAGAUCGGCUUCAAGGGCUAUGGUCUAUCACCUGACCAGCUCUCAGCCUCAGGCAGCUUCUCCUUUAGCGACGGGAAGCAGUACAGCAUCAGGCACGGCUCCGUCAUCAUAGCUGCCAUCACGUCGUGCACCAACACGUCCAAUCCGAGUGUCAUGCUGGGAGCCGGUCUCCUAGCAAAGAAGGCAGUGGAGAAUGGCCUUAGUGUCUUACCGUAUAUCAAAACAUCCCUGUCGCCUGGAUCCGGAGUCGUUACUUAUUAUUUGAGGGAGUCCGGCGUGAUACCCUACCUGGAGAAGCUAGGUUUCAACAUAGUCGGCUACGGAUGUAUGACCUGCAUCGGUAAUUCGGGCCCAAUUGAAGAUAACAUAGCGAACACUAUUGAAAAGAACGAGCUGGUGUGCUGCGGGGUGCUGUCCGGCAACCGGAACUUCGAGGGUAGGAUCCACCCCAACACGCGGGCGAACUACCUCGCCUCGCCGCUGCUGGUCAUCGCGUACGCGCUGGCCGGCACCGUGGACAUCGACUUCCAGACGCAGCCGCUCGGUAAACGCGCCGACGGCACUCCCGUGUUCCUGAACGAUAUUUGGCCGACUCGCGCCGAAAUACAAGAGGUCGAGAACAAGUACGUCAUACCGGGAAUGUUUAAAGAGGUAUACGAGAAGAUAGAACAAGGCUCGCCAUCAUGGCAGACCCUGGACGUGCCAAAAGGCAAGCUGUACGGAUGGGACCCGAAUUCCACAUACAUCAAGAAACCACCCUUCUUCGAUGGUAUGACCAGGGAUCUGCCGCCGAUCAAGAGUAUAGUGGGUGCCCGGUGCCUGCUGCUGCUGGGCGACUCGGUGACCACGGACCACAUAUCCCCAGCCGGCUCCAUCGCCAGGAACUCUCCAGCCGCGAGAUACUUGGCCAGUAGGGGGCUCACGCCGCGCGAGUUCAACUCGUACGGGUCGCGGCGCGGCAACGACGCGGUGAUGUCGCGCGGCACCUUCGCGAACAUUCGCAUCGUCAACAAGAUGGCCGCCGCGCCCGGCCCGCGCACCCGACACCUGCCCAGCGGGGACGACAUGGACGUGUACGACGCGGCCGAGCGAUACGCGAAAGAAAAUGUGCCCCUAAUUGCCAUAGUGGGCAAGGACUAUGGCAGCGGUUCGAGUCGAGAUUGGGCAGCGAAGGGGCCCUAUUUAUUGGGCAUCAAAGCGGUUAUAGCGGAGUCCUUCGAGCGGAUCCACAGGUCGAACCUGGUGGGUAUGGGUGUUAUGCCCCUGCAGUUCUUGCCGGGACAAAACGCGGACACCCUGGGGCUAACUGGGAGGGAGAAAUAUGAAAUUCAAGUACCUGAGGAUCUGAAGACCCACCAAUUGCUGGAUGUCAAGGUGGACAACGGCACGACCUUCCAAGUGCAAGUCCGCUACGACACUGAGGUCGACCUCAGCUAUUUCCGACACGGCGGCAUUCUGAACAACAUGAUACGGAAAAUGUUGUAGAUUUCAAAGUACCGUCAUUUUGUACAAAAAAAAAAUUUUUUUUUAAUGCAUUGGUUUUUUGUAUUUUUUUGUUUGUAGCUGUUUUAUAAAGUGCUAUUGGAUGUUA